AUGGCGCCGCCGCCAAUGCUGCCCGCGCUGCUGCUCCUGGCCGCCCUGCUCGCGCUCGAGUUGCGCGCGGUCGCCCGGCAGUCGCAGGUUCCCGGCAGGGAGCGCGCCUUGGCCCCCAGGCCCGGCGGGAUCUCUGCGCUGGAUGUGGCGCGCACGGCCCGAACGCUGCGGGAACUGUUGACUGUGAGUCAUGACGGGCACUUUGUGGGACAGCGGCGCGGGCCAGGCACAGGUCCUCGGGGUUGCUCACGCCUCGUGGGGCGCCCUUUGCCGCUGCCUUUACGCCUGACCGAGCGCGGCGCCCGGGACGCACUGAGCCUUCGCCAUCGGGAGCGCGCGCUUGGUCUCGGCUGCGGGACCGGGCGCGGACCAAUUCCUGACGCAGAAUUACGCGCGCGAGCCUUGCUCACAGUGCCUGGACUCGGCUCUGCACUCUGCUUCCCGGGCUCCGACGGAGCCAGGGUGAGAUCGGCGCGCGCGGUCCUCGGUACCUUCCCUGCCUGCCGCUGCCCGUCGCGCCUCGGGCUCAGCUGUCCGCACCGCCUCGUGUGUCUUCGCGUGCUGUGCGCCCUGGGGCGCGUGGCCGGCGCCGUCCCGGAAAGGCUGGCGCUAGACGCGGCCACGGGCGCGCCUUUGCCCUUGCUGUCGCCAUCGCCGCCAGGCCUGCGCCAGGGCCGGGCAGCGGCGGCACGGCGUGCCCGACGGGGCGCGGGCGGCAGCACGACCCCGCAGUUCCCGCUGCCUAGCUACCAGGUGUCAGUCCCUGAGAACGAGCCGGCGGGCACUCAGGUCAUUGAGCUGCACGCGCACGACCCCGACGAGGGCGAGGCGGGCCGCCUGAGUUACCAGAUGGAGGCGCUGUUCGACGAGCGCUCCAGUGGCUACUUCCUCAUCGAUGGCGCCACGGGCGCGGUGAGCACGGCCCGCGCGCUGGACCGCGAGACCAAGGACACGCACGUCCUCAAGGUGAGCGCCGUGGAUCACGGCUCUCCACGGCGCUCGGCCGCCACCUACCUCACUGUGACUGUCAGCGACACCAACGACCACAGCCCAGUCUUUGAGCAGUCUGAGUACCGGGAGCGCGUGCGUGAAAACCUCGAGGUGGGCUACGAGGUACUGACCAUCCGCGCCACGGAUGGCGACGCGCCCUCCAACGCCAACAUGCGCUACCGCCUGCUGGAGGGCGCGGGCGGAGUGUUCGAGAUAGACCCGCGCUCUGGCGUGGUGCGCACGCGUGCAGCGGUGGACCGAGAGGAGGCGGCCGAGUAUCAGCUGCUGGUGGAGGCCAACGACCAGGGCCGCAACCCGGGCCCGCUCAGUGCCACAGCCACCGUCCACAUCACCGUGGAGGAUGAGAACGACAACUAUCCGCAGUUCAGCGAGAAGCGCUAUGUGGUCCAGGUGCCCGAGGAUGUGGCGGUCAACACGGCCGUGCUGCGCGUGCAGGCCACUGACCAGGACCAGGGCCAGAACGCCGCCAUCCACUACAGCAUCGUCAGCGGGAACCUCAAAGGCCAAUUUUACCUGCACUCCCUGAGCGGGAGCCUGGACGUCAUCAACCCGCUGGACUUCGAGGCAAUCCGUGAGUACACGCUGCGCAUCAAGGCGCAGGACGGGGGCCGGCCGCCCCUCAUCAACGCCUCGGGCCUGGUGGCCGUGCAGGUGCUGGACGUGAACGACAACGCCCCCAUCUUCGUGAGCAGCCCCUUCCAGGCGGCGGUGCUGGAGAACGUACCGCUCGGCCACUCAGUGCUGCACAUCCAGGCAGUGGACGCGGACGCGGGGGAGAAUGCCCGGCUGCGCUACCGCCUGGUGGACACUGCGGGCGCAGGGGGCGGGAGCGCGGCCCCCCAGGAGCCCUCCCCGGGGGGCUCCUUCCCCUUCCAGAUCCACAACAGCACCGGCUGGAUCACGGUGUGUGCCGAGCUGGACCGCGAGGAGACGGAGCACUACAGCUUCGGGGUGGAGGCCGUGGACCACGGCUCGCCGCCCAUGAGCUCCUCGGCCAGCGUGUCCAUCACAGUGCUGGACGUCAACGACAAUGACCCGGUGUUCACGCAGCCGGUGUACGAGCUGCGUCUGAACGAGGACGCGGCGGUGGGCAGCAGCGUGUUGACCCUGCAGGCCCGCGACCGGGACGCGCACAGUGUCAUCACCUACCAACUCACUGGCGGCAACACGCGCAACCGCUUCGCUCUCAGCAGUCAGAGCGGCGGCGGCCUCAUCACACUGGCCCUGCCGCUCGACUACAAGCAAGAGCGGCAGUACGUGCUGGCUGUGACCGCGUCGGACGGCACCAGGUCUCACACGGUACAGGUCUUCAUCAACGUCACCGACGCCAACACCCACCGCCCGGUCUUCCAGAGCUCCCACUACACGGUCAGCGUCAGCGAGGACCGCCCUGUGGGCACCUCCAUCGCCACCAUCAGCGCCACUGAUGAGGACACCGGGGAGAACGCCAGGAUCACCUACGAGCUGGCAGACCCUGUGCCGCAGUUCCGCAUCCAUCCCGACACCGGCACCAUCUACACCCUGACGGAGCUGGACUAUGAGGACCAGGCCGCCUACACGCUGGCCAUCACCGCCCGGGACAAUGGCAUCCCGCAGAAGUCGGACACCACCUCGCUGGAGAUCCUCAUCCUGGAUGCCAAUGAUAACGCCCCCCGCUUCCUGCGGGACUUCUACCAGGGCUCCGUCUUCGAGGACGCACCCCCGUCCACCAGCGUGCUCCAAGUCUCUGCCACCGAUCGGGACUCGGGCCCCAACGGCCGCCUGCUUUACACCUUCCAGGGCGGGGACGAUGGGCAUGGGGACUUCUACAUCGAGCCCACGUCAGGUGUGAUCCGCACCCAGCGCCGGCUGGACCGGGAGAAUGUGGCCGUGUAUAGCCUGCGUGCUCUGGCCGUGGACCGGGGCAGGCCCACGCCUCUGAGCGCCUCAGUGGAGGUCCAGGUGACUGUCCUGGAUAUCAAUGACAACCCACCUGUGUUUGAGAGGGAUGAGCUGGAGCUGUUUGUGGAGGAGAACAGCCCAGUGGGCUCAGUGGUGGCACGGAUCCGAGCCCAUGACCCAGACGAGGGCCCCAACGCCCAGAUCAUGUACCAGAUUGUGGAGGGCAACGUGCCCGAGGUCUUCCAGCUGGACCUACUCAGUGGGGACUUGCGUGCGCUGGCCGAGCUGGACUUCGAGGUCCGGCGUGAGUACGUGCUGGUGGUCCAGGCCACAUCUGCGCCGCUGGUGAGCCGGGCCACUGUGCACAUCCGGCUGCUGGACCAGAACGACAACCCCCCAGUGCUCCCCGACUUCCAGAUCCUCUUCAACAACUAUGUCACCAACAAGUCCAACAGCUUUCCCAGCGGCGUCAUUGGCCGCAUCCCGGCCCAUGACCCCGACCUCUCGGACAGCCUCAACUACACCUUUGUGCAUGGUAACGAGCUGCAGCUGCUGCUGCUGGACCCCGCCACGGGCGAGCUGCAGCUCAGCCGAGACCUGGACAACAACCGCCCACUGGAGGCACACAUGGAGGUGGCUGUGUCCGACGGCCUCCACAGUGUCACCGCACUCUGCACACUACGCGUCACCAUCAUCACCGACGACAUGCUGACCAACAGCAUCACUGUCCGCCUGGAGAACAUGUCCCAGGAGCAGUUCCUGUCCCCGCUGCUCGGCCUCUUCGUGGAGGGCGUCGCGGCUGUGCUGUCCACCGCCAAGGACGACGUCUUCGUCUUCAACAUCCAGAACGACACAGACGUGCGCGCCAGCAUCCUCAACGUCACCUUCUCGGCGCUGCUGCCCGGCGCGCGCCGCUUCUUCGCGUCCGAGCAGCUGCAGGAGCUGCUAUACCUGAACCGGACGCUGCUGGCGGCCAUCGCGGCCCAGCGCGUGCUGCCCUUCGACGACAACAUCUGCCUGCGCGAGCCCUGCGAGAACUACAUGAAGUGCGUGUCGGUGCUGCGCUUCGACAGCUCGGCACCCUUCCUCAGCUCGGCCACCGUGCUCUUCCGGCCCAUCCACCCGAUCGCCGGCCUGCGCUGCCGCUGCCCCGCCGGCUUCACCGGGGACUACUGCGAGACCGAGGUGGACCUGUGCUACUCCAGCCCCUGCGGUGCCCACGGCCGCUGCCACAGCCGGGAGGGCGGCUACACGUGCGAGUGCCAGCCGGACCACACAGGGGAACACUGCGAGGUGAACGUGCGCUCUGGCCGCUGUGCCCACGGUGUGUGCAAGAACGGCGGCACCUGCGUGAACCUGCUCAUCGGUGGCUUCCACUGCGUGUGCCCCCCUGGCAACUAUGAGAAGCCCUACUGUGAGGUGACCACCCGGAGCUUCCCGCCUCAGUCCUUCGUCACCUUCCGUGGCCUGCGUCAGCGCUUCCACUUCACCAUUUCCCUCACGUUUGCCACCCAGGAAAGGAACGCACUGCUACUGUACAAUGGCCGUUUCAAUGAGAAGCACGACUUCAUCGCCCUGGAGGUGGUUGACGAGCAGGUGCAGCUCGUGUUCUCGGCAGGUGAGACCACCACGACCGUGGCCCCGCAGGUGCCCGGCGGCGUGAGUGACGGGCGCUGGCACUCGGUGCAGGUGCAGUACUACAACAAGCCCCACAUCAGCCGCCUGGGCCUGCCCCACGGUCCAUCCGGGGAGAAGGUGGCCGUGGUGACCGUGGACGAGUGUGACACAGCCGUGGCCGUACGCUUUGGGGACUACGUGGGGAAUUACACCUGUGCCGCCCAGGGCACACAAAGCGGCUCCAAGAAGUCCCUGGAUUUGACAGGCCCCCUUCUCCUGGGUGGUGUCCCCAACCUGCCCGAGGACUUCCCCGUCCACAGCCGGCAGUUCGUGGGCUGCAUGCGGAACCUGUCCAUCGACGGCAAGACCAUGGACAUGGCCGGCUUCAUCGCCAACAACGGCACCACGGCAGGCUGUGCUGCCCAGAGGAACUUCUGCGAGGGGGCCUGGUGUCAGAACGGGGGCACCUGUGUCAACAAGUGGGACACCUACCUGUGCUCCUGCCCGCUCCGGUUCGGUGGGAAGAACUGUGAGCAAGUCAUGCCGCACCCCCAGCACUUCAGUGGGCAGAGCCUCGUGUCCUGGGCCGACCUGGCCAUCACCAUCUCCGUGCCAUGGUACCUGGGCCUCAUGUUCCGGACCAGGAAGGCGGACGGUGUGCUGAUGGAGGCCUCCGCUGGUGUGUCCUCCCGGCUCCUUCUGCAGAUCCUGGGUGAUUAUGUCCAGUUUGAGGUCUCCCAUGGCCCCUCGGACGUGGCAUCCAUGACGCUGUCCAGGUCCCGAGUGACCGAUGGAGAGUGGCAUCACGUGCUCAUAGAGCUGAAGAGCGCCAAGGAGGGCAAGGACAUCAAGUACCUGGCGGUCAUGACCUUGGACUACGGGAUGGAGCAGAGCAUGGUGCAGAUUGGGAACCAGCUGCCCGGGCUGAAGAUGAGAAGCGUCGUGGUCGGGGGACUGUCUGAGGACAAGGUGUCCGUGCAGCGAGGUUUCAGGGGCUGCGUGCAGGGUGUAAGGAUGGGGGAGACGUCCACGAACAUCGCCACCCUGAACAUGGACGACGCUCUCAAGAUCAGGGUGAAGGCUGGCUGUGAGCUGGAGAACCCCUGCUCCUCCAGCCCCUGUCCCCCCAACAGCCGCUGUCAGGACGCCUGGGACAGCUACUCCUGCAUCUGUGACCGAGGGUACUUCGGACAGAAGUGUGUGGACGCGUGUCACCUGAACCCCUGUGAGCAUGUGGCGGACUGUGUGCAUGACCCCAGCUCCUCCCGGGGCUACACAUGCGAGUGUGGGCCUGGCCACUACGGACAGUACUGUGAAAACAGGGUCGACCUCCCAUGCCCCAAGGGCUGGUGGGGCAGCCCCGUGUGUGGACCUUGCCACUGUGCCGUCAGCAAAGGCUUCGACCCCGACUGCAACAAGACCAGCGGGCAGUGCCAGUGCAAGGAGAAUCACUACAAGCCCCCAGACCAGGACGCCUGCCUGCCCUGUGACUGCCUCCCACAAGGCGCCCACAGCCGCAACUGUGACGCCCUGACCGGCCAGUGUGCCUGCAGGCCGGGUGUCAUCGGGCGCCAGUGCAACCGCUGUGACAACCCCUUCGCCGAGGUCACCACACUCGGCUGUGAAGUGAUCUACAGUGGCUGUCCCCAUGCGUUCGAGGCUGGUAUCUGGUGGCCACAGACCAAGUUUGGACAACCUGCCGCGGUGCUGUGCCCCAAGGGCUCUGUGGGGAACGCCGUUCGCCACUGCAGCGGGGAGAAGGGCUGGCUGCCACCAGAGCUCUUCAACUGUACAUCGUCCGCCUUCCUGGACCUCAGAGUCAUGAAUGAGAAGCUGAGCCGGAACGAGACGCGGCUGGACGGGGACAGCUCCGUGCGGCUGGCCAAGGCCCUGCACAAUGCCACGCGGCACGUGGACACCAUGUUCGGCAGCGACAUCCGCACCGCCUACCAGCUGCUGGCCCGUGUCCUGCGGCAUGAGAGCAGCCAGCGCGGCUUCGAUCUGGCGGCCACGCGGGACGCCGGCUUCCACGAGGACAUGGUGGCUGCGGGCAGUGCCCUUCUGGGCCCGGCCACCAGGCCGUCCUGGGAACACAUCCAGAGGAGCGAGGGCGGCUCGGUUCACCUGCUGCAGCGCUUUGAGGCCUACCUCAGCACCGUGGCCCGCAACUCCAGGGGGACGUACCUGCGCCCCUUUGUGCUCGUCACCCCCAACAUGAUCCUGGCCCUGGACGUCUUCAACAAGUCCAACUUCACGGGCGCCCGGGUGCCGCGGUUCGAGCACGUGCAGGAAGACUACCCCCGAGAGCUGGCAUCCUCGGUCUUCUUCCCCCCGGACUUCUUCAAACCGCCCGAGAGGAAGAGAGGUCCCACCGCCAGGCCACCCACCAGGAAGGCUGUCCCUGAGCCCCCACACCCGGGGCCCAGCAUGGAGAGAGAGGCCAAGCGCCAGAGGAGACACCCCGAGGAGUCCAGCCAGUUCGCUGUUGCCCUGGUCAUCAUCUACCGGACCAUGGGGCAGCUGCUUCCCGAGCGCUAUGACCCUGACCGCCGCAGCCUCCGGCUGCCCAGCCGGCCAGUCAUCAACACUGCGGUGGUGAGCGCGGUGGUGUACAGCGAGGGCACCCCGCUGCCGGGCCACCUGGACAGGCCCGUCCUGCUGGAGUUCACCCUCCUGGAGACUGAGGAGCGCACCAAGCCUGCUUGUGUCUUCUGGAACCACUCGACCCCUGUCGGUGGGACUGGAGGCUGGUCGGGCAAGGGCUGUGAGCUCCUGGCCCGGAACCGAACGCAUGUCACCUGCCGGUGCAGCCACCUGAGCAGCUCUGCGGUGCUGAUGGACGUGUCAAGGCGCGAGCAUGGCGAGGUCCUGCCCUUGAAGAUUGUCACCUACGCGGCCCUGUCCCUGUCCCUCGCGGCCCUGCUGGUGGCCUUCGUGCUGCUGGCCCUGGCCCGGACACUGCGCUCCAGCCUGCACAGCACCCACCGGAACUGCAUCGCCGCUCUCUUCUGCUCCCAGCUGGUCUUCGGGGUCGGCAUCAACCAGACAGACAACCCGUUCGUGUGCACGGUCAUCGCCAUCCUCCUGCACUACGCCCACAUGAGCACCUUCGCCUGGACCUUUGUGGAGAGCCUGCAUGUGUACCGCAUGCUGACCGAGGCCCGCAACAUCGACUCGGGGCCGCUGCGCUUCUACUACGUGGUGGGCUGGGGUGUCCCUGCCGUCAUCACAGGGCUGGCUGUGGGCCUGGAUCCCCAGGGCUACGGGAACCCCGACUUCUGCUGGCUGUCCCUGAGGGACACACUCAUCUGGAGCUUUGCGGGGCCCAUCGGAGCUGUGAUGAUGAUCAAUACAGUCAUUUUCGUGCUGUCCGCUAAGGUCUCCUGCCAAAGAAAGCAGCACUACUACGAGAGAAAGGGGGUCGUCUCCCUGCUCAGGACGUCCUACCUGCUGCUGUUGCUCAUCAGCGCCACCUGGCUACUGGGGUUGCUGGCCGUGAACCGGGACUCGCUGGCCUUCCACUACCUCUUCGCCGUCUUCAGCUGCUUGGAGGGCCUCUUUGUCCUCCUGUUCCACUGUGUGCUCAACCGGGAGGUCCGGAGGCACCUGAAGGGGGUGCUGGCGGGCAAGAAGCCACACCCAGACGACUCAGCCACCACGAGGGCCACGCUGCUGACGCGCUCCCUCAACUGCAACAACACGUACAGCGAGGAACCCAACAUGUACCGCACAGCCCUGGGCGAGUCCACCGCCUCGCUGGACAGCACCCUCAGGGACGACGGCAUCCAGAAACUCAGCGUGUCCUCAGGGCCAGCGCGGGCCGGCCACGGGGACCUGGAUGCACCCUUUGUCCACAGGAGCUCCAAGAAGGCCCAUGGCCACGACUCGGACUCCGACAGCGAGCUGUCCCUGGACGAGCAGAGCAGCUCCUAUGCCUCCUCCCACUCGUCAGACAGCGAGGACGAGGGUGUGGAAGCUGAGGACCAGUGGGACCCUGCCACGCCCCAGGCUCGCAGCCGUGGCCCCGUGCACAGCACCCCCAAAGUGGAUGCUACAGCCAACCACGUGGCAUCAGACUGGCCCGACGGGAGCCCUGUGGGGAGUGACGGGGAGGAGUCGGCGGAGAAGCCCCGUCUGAAGGUGGAGACCAAGGUCAGCGUGGAGCUGCACCCAGAACGGCCAGCAGGCCCCCCACCCAAUCCAGUGCCAGAGCAGAGGAAAGGCAUCCUGAAGAACAAGGUCACCUACCCACCGCCACUGACCGAGAAGACACUGAAGGGCCGGCUGCGAGAGAAGCUGGCCGAUGGGGACCAGAGCGCAGGCUCAUCCAGGACAUCCUCCUUGGGGUCCAGUGAUGGCUGCAGAGCCCUCACAGACUUCGGGGUCACCGUCAAGAGCCUGCCUCCCCGGGAGCCGGCACGGGAGCACCUCAAUGGGGUGGCCAUGCACGUGCUGGCGGGCAGUGCCCAGGCCAUCAGGGCCGACUCUGAGGACUCGGGACCCUCGGACCCUGUGACAAGUGACAAAGGCUAUGGGCAUGACAAGAUGCGUCCCCAGACGCACAGCACGGUGUUCGUGUCACCCUGCACAGCACACACCAGGGGCCCCUGA